AUGGGCCAUCAAGCGGAUAGAAUCCCCUGGGAGAGCCUGGCGUCGAGCCUUGAGUGGCAGUUCGAGGCAGAGUGCUGUUUCGGCGCCACAAACUUCCACCCGCGAAGGCUCGAUAACCAGCAGGAGAGCUUUAUCCAGUUCGUCAGUACUCUUUCCGCGAGGAUUCGGGAACGCGCAACGCAGGAGCGUCUGAAAUUUCCCGAGAAGGAAGAGGGUCCAUCGCCGGAGGAUGUUGUGAUUAGUGAUGGGGUGGCUGAGAAGAUCAACCCGGCUAUUGAGACGUGGCGGAGAGACCGCGAGCUUCGCUGCAUGCUCUAUUUGAUGGACGAGUCGGAGUGGGAGCAGCUCCCGAACCCGGCAGACCGAGGAGAGUUCGACAAGAUACUCUAUCAACGUGGCUAUGGCGGCAUGGAGUAUCGCCAUGUGCUUCCGAAUGAGCAGCGUAAGAUGAAGGCCUUCUUGCACGAGUUCACCACGAACGAGUGCCAAACCCUCUUUGAGACCAACGGACCGGCACUGUUUAGUGCGGAGGUGGCCAAGACGCUCCUGAUGCGUGGGGAGAUGAGCACACUUCUCCGGAUUUGUUCCCAUCCGGAGGCAGAUAUCCGGACGUGGUGGGAUGCACCCAGUCCCUCCGAGGAGAUUAGUUGGAGGAGGAUGCACACCAGCGCCUUGAUGUCGUACAUUGUGCUGAACGUCCUGUCUUACUUCCCCGACCAACUGGGAACGGGCUCCCAGUAUCCAGCUCCUGAGAAGGACUACCGCCACUCCAAGGCAUACCAGAACAUGGUGAUUCACGCAACCGAGCACAGAUGGACAGCCGACGUCACUCAGCUCCCUCACCGGCUGUUCUUUGGCCUUGAGCGAGGUCAGCUGAGUCCAGUCCCCAAAACGACAGACGACGGGCCUGGCGGUAAUGAUAUUUCCCCUGAAUACCCGUUCAUGUCGAAAGGAUUCAUGCCUUACGACCAGUUUCUGAACUGCCAGGGCGAAGCAAGGGGGCAUCUGCCUACCGCAGUUGACAUCGCACAGGUCAGGGCGGGACUGGUCAACCAGACGCAGCUCCCGCCCGAGCUCGUCAACGAAAUUCUGGUGGAAGCGGACUAUGACGCUCCCCAGAGCCGGCUGCGCGUUCCGCACCAUCCCUUCCACGCCGAUAACGCGGAGGAUCUGAAGACGUACAUCGAGUACUGUUGGGCUAUCCUCGUGCGGUGUGAGAUGGUUGCGAGGGAACUGGAGGAGGAAAUUGGUUGGCAGAAUGAUAUUACUCGGGUCUUGAAUGCUUGCUUUAAUUGCUAUCGCGGACCGAGGAGCUUGGGUCGGGUUUUCGAGGGACGGGGGAUUGGUCCUGGGGCUGGGCGGGAUCUUCUGAUCCAAUAUCAGAUGAUACGGAGGAUUGAUUAG